CCUAUUGUUAUGGAAACCUAACACUAUAAAUACUCCUGUCCGCAUUCAUUACCAGAAUAGCCCACAAACAAAAAAGCGUUUUUCAUUCCCCCCCUCCCUCUCUCUUCAACAUCUCUAUUUUGAGAGGGAGAUCAAAAAUGGAGUUAAGGGUUAAUACUCAUUUGAGCUUAUUACUCGUUAUUAUCGGUAUUCUUUCGACAUUAAUGGCGGUUGAUGCAGCCGCAACCGGCUGUGAUCUGUUCCAGGGAAAUUGGGUAUUGGAUAGUUCUUAUCCACUCUACAAUGAAUCCACCUGCCCCUUCCUUGAAAAAGAGUUCAACUGCAUCAACAACGGCCGCCCGGACCGAUUAUAUCUCAAAUACCGAUGGCUACCUCGCGGUUGCCGCUUAUCCAGAUUUGAUGGUCGAUACUUCUUAGAAAAACUAAGAGGGAAAACCAUUAUGUUUGUAGGAGAUUCGCUUAGCCGAAACCAGUGGUUGUCGAUGUUGUGUAUGAUUCACUCGUCGGUGCCAACAACAAAUUACGCGGUCAACAUCUCCGUGAUUAAAGACAUGACCACUUACACCUUUAAGGAUUAUGGGUUGAAAGUGACAUACCAUCACAAUUUGUACCUAGUGGAUAUAGUGAAGAGAAGGUUUGGAAGAGUGUUGAAUUUGAAUACGGUGACAGCUGGCAAACUGUGGUUGGAUGUUGACUACCUUAUCUUUAACACGUGGCACUGGUGGAACCGUAGAGGAGCCAGUCAACCAUUUGAUUAUAUACAAGACGGGACUCGUAUAUACAAGGACAUGGAUCGGUUAGUGGCUUUCGGCAAGGCCAUUGUUACAUGGGGUCAAUGGGUCGAUGCUAACGUUGUUCAGAACAAAACAAAAGUGUUUUUUCAAGGGAUAUCGCCGUCUCAUUACAAUGGCACCGAUUGGGGAAACCCAAAGGCAAAAUCCUGCUAUGGUCAGAAAAUUCCUGUAUUAACCUCCGUUUAUCCUGGAGCCGCAUUGCCCGCGGUGGCAGCUCUCAAAAAGUCAUUGAAAACCAUCAAGAAACCGGUCACUUUGUUGGACAUUACCAACCUCUCACUGCUCCGAAAAGAUGGCCACCCGUCAAUUUACGGGUUUGGGGCGACGGAUUGCAGCCACUGGUGCCUCGCUGGAGUUCCAGACACAUGGAACAUUUUGCUUUACAACCUCAUGUUUUAGGAAAAGAAAAUUCAUAAUUCACUUAUUGGAUUAUUAUUAUAGAAAAUAUUAAGUGAUAUACAGAAACACCACUAUACCAUUACUUAGAUAUUCUUGAGGUGAGGGCAUUAUUGUAAUUUAAAUUUAGAUACCAUUGCCAUGAGUAUAAAUGGCAUAUAAUCAUAUAUUCAAUACUUAUUCAAUUCUUGAUUUAAAGAAAUGAAAUAUAUACUCUUAUUAUUGUU